CUGUCUUAACUUUAUUCCUUGGUUAGGAUAAAUUAUAGUAGUCAACAGAAUGGUUAAAUACUAUGAAAAUAGUAUAAUUUUUCAAUUUAAUUGGACUCAAGUGGCAUAUGGUUUUUGGCAGAGAUAUCCGAAUCCUAACAGUACCCAUGUACUUACAGAGGAUACAGUAUCGAGGAAGGUUAAAAAUGGUAUAUUAUACACAACACGACUAUUGACAAAAACCAACAGAGUGCCUAAAUGGGGAGAGCGAUUUAUUAAUAAAAAUUCGGUAAAAAUUAUUGAGGAGAGUAUGGUGGAUCCUAAAACAAAAACUUUAACGACAUAUACAAGAAAUUUAGGUUACACUAAAGUCAUGAGUAUUACGGAGAAGGUUGUUUAUAAGGUUUGCGAAGAAAAUCCUAAUUGGACAGUAGCAAAGAGAUCAGCAUGGAUCGAUAGUCAAGUGUUUGGAUUUAGUAGAGCUAUUCAGGCAUUUGGUUUGGAUAGGUUUAAAAAGAAUUGUACUUCAAUGUAUAACGGAUUUAAUUACGUUUUAGCGCAUAUGUUCCCACAUACGGCACAGUAUAUGAAUCCAACGCUUUCUCAAAUGGGUUUUGCUCAUCUAGUCGACGAAGGAGUUGGAACAAAGACCAGUCUCGCGGAAGAUAUACAACAUUCAUUACAAGGUAAAGCGGAAAAGGUAAAGGAUGCUGCGAAAAAAGCAACUGAUUUAGCCAAAAAAAAGGCUGGAACAGUUUAUGCUGCAUAUCAGCCUGAACAGUCGUAAAUAAAACGACAUUGUUGGCAUGAACGACGAUCCAAGAUACUCGAUGAAUAGAGAAAAUCAAAAAAUUAAAAAAAACUAAAAAUAAUGUCAAAAUGGAAGCAAUGGAUAAUCUCCUUGACCGAAUCCUUGGUAAAUUGGGCGAGUGAAUAAGGUGAAAUUGUUGAUAGUUAUUUGGCAGCGUUCAGAUUUAUUUUCAUAUUCGGACAAACAGGAAAAUGGAAAUUUUAUUUAAAAGACUCCACAACGAUAGUUUAGCACAAUGUUGUAUCAACGUUAUCAUUCCUGCAAACUGCCAAUUCAUGUUUCACUUUUAACAUUCAUAUAAGAUAUAUUUGAAUUAUGCACGGCAAUAUAUUUUUAAAUGUAUGGCCAAACAAUGUUACAGUUGAUCUAUACCAUAAUAUUCGAAGCGAAUAAAAUUGGAAUCGUACCGUUUGAAGUAUUUUCAUGCUUGGAAUAUACGUUUUGCUUCGACGGUGUUUAAACGUGAUUAUAUUACACGCUAAAAAACUAAGAGAUGAAAUGAAUUAGAUUCGUAAAAUAUAAAGAUGAAAAUUAAGAAUCGUAGGUAACACGUCGCAACGAUAAUGUGUACGUGUGUUGCGUCUGAUAAAUAUGUUUUUUAUCGAAACGAUUCAAAUUUAUUCUGCAACACUUUAUGUCGCUAUUCGAUGCUUUUCGUACAUAAUUGUAAAACUAGAAUUGCACUCGCAUUAAAAAAAUAUUUGUGCAAAAUUCUUUUUAGUUGUAUACAAAGCGUGUGAGUACACGCAAAAUUGAAAUGUCUCGUUGUUUAAAUAUUUCAUGUAGUAAGGAAAAUUGUAUAAAUUGUAGUUAGAGAGAG